AUGCCAGAAGCAGCAUCUCCCGCACGGGCUGCUGUGCCACAGCGAGCUGCACCGGCGGGGCGGGGUGACCGACUCAACCUAGGAGAUCACAGUGGAUCGCAGGCUUCACCAGACAAUCGCGGUCGGGGUGCUGUCGCAAGAGCAGGGCGGGGUCAUAGAGGAGGCCGGGGGAGAGCUCGCGGCCAUGGACAAGGACGAAAUACUUUGUCUUCUCAGAUACCCCAGCUUGAUCAAGCUGCAACAGAUGACAGCUCGGGACGACCGCAUGGGGGCGGCUUCGGUGCUCGCCUGACCGAAGCUGCCUCGAAAUCUACAGGCGAAUCGGAUGAACCACAGUCACGGGAAAAUAAUACAGAUGCUGAGACCGAGGAUGCAGAGGUGUGCUUCAUUUGUGCCAGCCCGAUUGAGCAUGUCUCGGUUGCACCUUGCAAUCACCAGACGUGCCACAUCUGCGCGUUGAGGCUGCGAGCGCUGUACAAAACACGGGCUUGUGCUCACUGCAGGACAGAAGCACCCUUUGUGAUUUUUACCGACAGUGCCGACAAGCGGUUCGAAGAAUUCAAGGACAGCGACUUCGUCAAAAUCGACGAGAACUUGGGCAUCAAAUAUGAAAAGGAUGUCAUCUUUGAAGACACCAUCCUGCUCCUCAGAUAUAACUGUCCCGACAAGGACUGCGACGUUGCAUGCCGUGGAUGGCCGGAUCUGCAUCGCCAUGUCAAGACCAAGCACGGGAAAAUGAUGUGUGAUUUAUGCACAAGGAACAAGAAGGUUUUUACUCAUGAACAUGAAUUGUUCACGCCUGGUGAGCUCCGAAAACAUGAAAAAUACGGGGAUGACAUGCCAGGAGCCGCCACCCAGUCUGGCUUUAAGGGACAUCCUGAAUGUGGCUUCUGCAAACAGAGAUUCUACGGAGACGACGAACUCUACACUCACUGCCGCGAGAAGCACGAACGAUGCCACAUUUGUGACAGGCGCAAUGGGGGCAGAAACCCUCAGUACUAUCUCAAUUACCAAGAAUUGGAGAAGCAUUUCGCAGCCGAGCACUUCGUAUGUUUGGAUGCCGAGUGUCAGGCAAACAAGACCAAUGUCUUUGAGUCCGAAAUAGAUCUCAAGGCACAUCAACUUUCCGAACAUCCCAACGGGCUGUCGAAGGAUGCGCGUAGAGAUGCGCGACUGGUCAAUCUAUCUGGCUUCGAGAUACGCACGCCGUAUCAACCACAGCGGAGGGGCGGUCGAGAACGCGAAUCUCACGGCAGUGGGAGGGGACGGGAUCCAAAUGCUGAACCGCUGCCCAUGUCCAGUGCUCAGCCCAUGAGCCGCGCCGAGCUGGCGUAUCAGAGACAGCUCGCCAUCCAGAGCUCGCAGUCUGUAUCCAACAGGAGUUUUGGAGGCCAGCUCACACAGCCUACGCGUUCGCCACAUGCGAAUCGCGCUCAACCAGCCCCUCUGACGCAGCCAUCAGCGUUGCCCGCUGUCGAAAACCUCACCCUGGGGUCCGAUAACCCUCCGGCGGCGAACAUGACACCCCAGGAGCAAGCUCGCGCGUUGCGGCACCAAGGUGUCGUCGAGCGGGCCUCGACACUCUUGAGGGGUGACAAGACUAAGCUUUCACAAUUCCGCACACUUGUCUCCGCCUACCGCAGCGGCACAAGCUCGGCCACUGAGUUGAUUGACGCAUUCUUUUCUCUUUUCGACUGCCCCAGCACCGAGCUGGGCAAAGUCAUCCGGGAACUCGCCGACCUGUACGAAGACGACGAGAAACGCCAAUCCCUACUCCGUGCCUGGAAUGAUUGGCGCAGCAUCAAUGAAGAUUACCCGAGCCUGCCAGGUCCAAGCGGGUCAUUGCCGGGCCUUUCGAGCAGUGGUGCGGCCUCGGGUAGUGGCAGACGCGUCCUGACUCUGAAGAAGAGUACGGCCCAGUCGUCUCGUUCGGCAGUCUCAAGGCAAGGCUCCUGGGGCAAUGCCUUGACUAAUGGUUCAAGUCGAGACCCGUUUCCUGCUUUGUCCUCUGCCAAUAGUGGUGCUCGCAGAACGGCUCCAGGGGCAGGAACACAGCUGGCCUGGGGCAAUACCUCUGCGCCGCAAGUUUCUAGAACGACACCGAGCAGCGCACCUGUGUCCCGUCCUACGCCGACAACAGCAUCCACUCUCCGUCAAUCCACGCGCAACAACCCGCCGCCAAGGCAGACUGAGGAUAUGUUCCCAUCACUGCCGGCCGCGCCGAAGCCCAAUACCAUGAUGCCGGGUUUCAAUACACGCGGCUCCGUCCGCUGGCUCAACUCAAGCCGUAACUCCCCGUCUGGCUCGGGAACAACCACUCCGGCAAAUGCAUGGGCCAACGGGGGUUUGACACCGACCCCUGCUCAGGCAGCUGCCGUCGCAGCGUCUACUACUGGAAGCUCCGGGUCUGUUGGCGCCGUUAGUGGUGAUGCCAAUGGCGGUGAUGAUGCAGUGACCAAGAAGAAGACCAAAAAGGUCAAGAAGGGCGAAACCCUCUUCCAUUUCGGAUAA